AUGGCCAGCGAGACCGGCGACGAGCCACUGCCUGACAAUGUCUGUCUUGCCUACGAAGCAACUACCCUCACCCUCGUGGAGGAGGUGACCGGCGAUGAGGAGGAAGGCAAGGCCUCGUUCCCACCCGAGAUGAUGCAUCAGGUGUUUGAGGAUGAUGAGAAGAUCUACGGAUACACCGAUUUGGCCAUCGAGCUGCUGUUCAACGCCACGACGCUCGACGUGGCGCUCGAGGUCAAGUACUCGGCAAAGGUCGAGGCCGAGACCAACGACGGCGUGCCGGCAGACGACAUCGGCGCCGCCUUUGUAGAGUGGCUCGAGCCGAGCUCGAUGCUGGCGGAUCGGGCGGCGCUGCUCGACUCGGUUGCUGCCAGCAACGCACCAGACGCCGCUGCGGGUGCCGAGGUGCCCGGGACCGAGAUGGCGAGCUGGAGCCGUGACGACGGCACCUACACCGUCUACCGGGGCACGUUCGACGAUGAGGCGCUGCGUGCACUGCAUAAGCGCAUGCGCUUCUUCCCCAUCGUUUUUAUUGAUGCUGCACGCUUCAUCGAAGACACAGAUCCGCGGUGGGACGUGUACACGCUCUGGCGGCGAGCAUCCGGAUGCGCCGCGCCCAAGUUUGUGGGCUACGCCACAUGCUACCGCUUUGCGGCGCUUCCGGACUCGAUCCGUUACCGCGUCUCGCAGUUUAUCAUCCUCCCGCCGUUCCAGCGCGCCGGCCACGGCCUGGCCCUGCUCGAAACCAUCUUUGACCACGCCCGCGCCACCGACAAGAUCAUCGAGAUCACGGUCGAGGAUCCGGCGCCGGCCUUUGUCACUCUCCGCGACGUUGCCGACCUCAAGGCUUGUCUCGCCGCCGGCUACUUCAAACCCGACGCGCUCGGCGCGCCUGGCGCGCCGCUGGCCAAGGACACUUCCGACGCCAUCCGCGCUGCGCUCAAGCUGACCGCGACCCAGGUGGCACGCACUUAUGAGGCUGCCAAGCUCGCAGCGCUCACCGCCGGCGGUGCUGACGCUGACGCCCUCACUGCCUUCCGCCUCGCCGUCAAGCAGCGGCUGUUCAAGAAGCAUCUGCAUUCGACCCACUCGGUGGCGGACAUGCUUCCGCCGGACACGCCCGCCUUUGCCAUCGCUGCCGCCGAGGCCAAGGCCCUCGAUGAGCGCAAGGUCUUCCUCGCCGCCAUGUACAACCAGCUCGCCGCCCACUACGCGAUUGUGUGGGCCAAGGCAUCGGCUGCAUCCGGCUACGCCCAACCGCAGUGAACCACACUCUUG